AAGAUCCUUGAUCAAUUGAAGCUUCGGAGAAACUGUCGUAUAAUUCCACUUAUUGAUACCCAAUCGCAAAAGCGGGAGCAGGAUCCCGAGUUGAUACCCAGCACUCCUCCCGCACGCAGCCGAAUACCCCACUUCCUCUCGGACGAGAAAACAACAUGGCAUUACAGUAUCUGGCCAACAGCAACGGCUGGUUGUCCUUCAACCACAGCACUCCUGUGCUUUAUGUCACGGCUGAAGACGAAGAAUUCGACACUGAAACCCUGCGCGCAUGGCGGGACGAAGGCUUCAAUGUCAAGUACGUGCCCAUGGGAAGCGGGGGCAAGACAUACGUAAACACGUUACACCAUUUGGGCGAUAACAUGAGCAUUGGCGAGCGUUAUGCCAUCGUAGCUUUCGGCGACGCCGCAUCGGUGUGCUUGGAGGUCUACUCGGAACCCAAGACGGCAACCGCGAAGCUCUGCUCGCUGAUUGCAUACUACCCUUCCACUAUUCCCGACCCCCACAAGCGCCUGUCGGCAUCUUUUCGAGUCCUGGUCCACCUGGCACUCGGCACUGGUCAGGAAGACUCUACUGUUGGUGUCUCUCGGCGUACCGAAGCUCUCGGGAUACAAGGGAGGAAACGAACGGUUCAGAAGCGCAUAACUCCUGGUAUAGGCACCGGGGGUCUACAAAGCAAGAUUGAAUACCCCGUUUACACAUACGAAGGCGUAGACGCGGGAUUCGCUGAGCACGACUUGGAUGAGUACGACGGUGUCGCAGAUGCCUUGGCCUGGAGCCGCAGUCUCAGCAUGGUGCGACGCGGCUUUGGUGCAGAGGUAGAAUUGGAGCGCAUAUGGGAAGAAAACACUGAAAACAAAUACAAUACACAGAACACCAAAAAGGUCAUCGAGACAUACACCACGAAUCCAACUCCCAUCAUAAACUUUACGCCAACAUUGACCGGCGGCAAAGGCCAUGAAGAGCUCGCUCGAUUCUACGAAAAUUACUUCCUACCGAACCACCCUCCCAGUUUCCACAUGCGCCUCAUCUCCCGCACAGUCGGUGUAGAUCGAAUCGUCGACGAACUCUACAUACAAUUCAAGCAUACCUGCCACAUGCCCUGGGUACUCCCCUCGGUGCGACCCACCAACAAGAAGGUUGAGAUUGUUGUUGUUAGUAUUGUGGGGAUGAGAGGUGGGAAGAUCUGGAGCGAGCGCUUUUAUUGGGAUCAAGCGAGCGUCUUGUUUCAAGUUGGUUUGCUCGAUCCAGAUGAUGUUCCUGAGGAUCAUAAGGAUUCUGGAUUGGAGAUGCUGCCUGUUGCGGGGAGUGAAGCUGCGAGGAAGAUAAUGGAUUUUGAUAGUGAGGAAGGGAAUGACAUGAUCGAUGAUUGGUGAGGGAUGGUGUACGAGUCAGAUCUCUAAUUUCAUUAGAUUUAAGUGUGGGAAAUGGUCGAUAUAUGGGAGGACGCUAAGGGGAACACGUCCUCCUUUGGGAAUUUCUUCGGAGGACAAGGACUGGCUGGCUGGUUUUGUACGAUUUUACGAAUGGUAUGACUCUCUUUCCUAAUUCCUCUUUUCUUUACCUGGUUUUCUACGACUUACUUGAUACCUUCCUGCUUUGCUUGGGUUCGCGCUUUGCUCCGC